AUGUCUCAGCAUGUCUAAGCUUCUAUAUAAUACUCUUUUCCUAAAGCUAAAAGAUUCAGAAGAUUGAAUACUCCUUGUUCAACAGACUAUUAUGAACCUAAUUAUUUUCGUAGUACUAGAGCUUCUGGAUUCGGAUAUGGGAAUAAGUUUGAUUUUACAAAAGCUUAACCCUAUACUGAAACUUACUAUGAUCCAACAAGUUCCUUUUAAAAUAACAAAGGUGCAUCUUUUGGAUUAAGUAGAAACAUGGUCAAAAACAGAUCUUAUUUACAGUAUAAUAAUGUUCCAGGUCCAGGAUCCUACAAUUAGAGUCCACAUAAAACUAUAUGUUAUUCUAUGGGAUAAAGAGUUAGUGGAUAUCAUCAUACUACAGAAAUGCCAGGUCCCGGUUCAUAUGAUCCUAAUAUUUAAAAACAUAGAAGCAUUUCAAUUAAUAAAGGUCCUGAUAGAUUCUCAACUGAAUCCACCUUUUUCCCUGGACCUGGAGAAUACAAUGCUAAACUUUUAUAAACUAAAACUAAAUAUCGAUUUGGUAGUGCUAAACGAAAAUGUUUUAUUGAUGAUGCAGUUAGAACAGCUUUGAAAAAAGGAGGUAUUUUAUAUCUUAUAAUAUUUAACUAGUUCCUGGACCAGGAAACUAUACUUCUAUUACAUAGUUUGUACAAUUAGAUAAAUCAAGAACUAGACCAUCUACUGCAAAACAUUGA